GUAUGCAUUGGAGCGGUUUCAGGACUUGCCAUUUACAGACUUUGCAGCGGACAUAGUUGUACUUGAUGUGGGCUCGUUUCCGAAACACUUGCUGGGAGGUGUCGUCACCGAAGCCGCGCGAAUUUUGGCACAGCAAGGCGUUUUGUUUGUUUUGGGCGCGACGGAGUUUGACAUCUCGCAGUUCAGCCCGCAGGCUGGAAAACUUGUUGUGGCCGGUUCCUACGCCCACUCCUUUGUGCGAAGGCUGGGCGUGGUCCCAGGCUUACCCAUUUGCAAAGCAUGCGGGAUGAGAUCUAUGUUCGGCGAGCGUUCCAUUGAACUACCCCUAAAACCCAAUGCCAGGCAUGGGUACAACCAGGCUUCAAGUCCAUUUUCGGUCCCGAAAUCGCGAGCAGAUUCUCUUCCAAUACGAAGACCAGCGUUGAAAACCAACGCUUGAAAUAUUGGUAUCGGCCAAAUGUCAUGAGAACUCAGCAGGUACUCGGAGAAGGUGAAUGGGUUGACCGGUAUUCCAAACCGGGCGGCGGCUCCAAGAAGUCCUAUGAAAAAGCCUACGUGAAUCCGGAUCCUUUCAAGUUGCCCCCGCGCCUGGAGCUUCUGGUGAGAGCUGGAAAGAUCAAACGCAUUUUGGACGCUGGAGCGGGAUCAUGUUCAUUGGAGGGUGAGCUCCGUCGCAAGGGGUAUUCAGUUCAUAACUUUUUGGCUUUUGGCGCCUAUGAUUGCUCCAUGCUCCGCAUUUGUGCGGAGCGUGGCUCCAUCUCCUUUCAACAUAAUUGGCUGAUUCCUUUGCCAGUGUGUGCUGCCUGCAAGUUUGAUUUGAUUUAUCAGUUUGCGGGUGUGCAUCACAUGCCGACUGUAGAUGAGCACGGCAAGUUUAUCAGUAAGAUGUUGGCCCUCCUUGAGUGCAAUGGAGUGCUCUUUGUCAAUGAUCGGACCGGGAGGAAGGUGUGGAGUGUCCUAUUUCGCCAAGUUUUGGAUCUUAAGCGGGAGCAGAAGCUUGCACGAUAUGUGGAGAGCAAGGAUGGAUAUUUCGAAAUUUCUCGAACUUGCUAGCUUUGCAUGCAAAAAAGUGGCGGCCUCAUGCUCCAGACUCUGGGCCCGAGAUGAUUUCAAAGGCCUCGUCCACCUCCCAACUGGCGCGACGUGAAACUCCAGCCGCAGCGG